UCAUAGAUUUGAUGAGGAAAUGGAACAGAUAGAGCUUAUCAAGAAUAGUCUUAAAACUCGUCAAGGGGGGCAGCACAUGUCAAGGGAGACUGCUAUCAAGACAACUCUUGAGAGAGAUAGGAGAGAGUAUGAAGAAAUGGGUAUUGAAGUGCCAGAUAUAUUGAAUGGAAAGAGACUGAAAUAUUUCAGGGAGUGGAAUGGAGAAUUACGAUACAUACAGAAUAUAAAAAUGAGGAAAAUAUCAGCAAAGGACAAAGAACAGUGUGAGUCCAAAGCAUCCCAGAUGGAUGUCAGAGACAAAAGAGUAGAGUUGGGGGAGACAGAUGUAAAAAGCAAGACUGAGUCUUUAGAAGAUGAAACAAAGACAGAAAAUGUAGUGGGACAGCAGGUAUUAUCUCAAGUCAUGGAGACUGGUUAACUGAAAAUAUAGAAUGGAUAACAUAUCAUUUUUGUUCAAAAAAAAAAAAAAAGGAAACCCACAUAAUUUUAUGUUCAUUUCCUUGAUAAUUUGCAAGUCUGUUGUCACUGUUAGAUCAUUCUGGAAGGAAGUACUUCAACUUAAUCAGUUGAAAUAAUUAUUUAUUUUAUUAAAUGUAGCUUGGAAACCUAAUGACAAAAAGAUUUUGGGAAGAGGAGAGAGUUUUACCAUCCCAGAUAGCAUGCACCAAUGGCCCACUUUUGGGCUUCCAAUGUCUUUACUAUUGGGUCAUCAAUGGCAGUCACCAGUAGCCCCAUCAAUUUUUGUUCAAUGGGCCUCUGAUUUUCCGAUAUGGCCCAUUGGUGAUAUUCCAUCAAUCACCCGUCAG